AUUAGUACUUUCAAUAUGAGGAAAUACAUUAUCAUCAUUUUUUUCCUCAACGUGUCGCUGAUUUUAGUUCCCUCAUCUGGUGGUGUUGAUGUGGUGGAACAACAAGAGUUUGAAGAUUUCAAAACUCAAACAAUUGAAAAACUGAAUUCGGAUAUAUAUACAUUAAGUCAAAGGGUGGAAGCCCUCGAAUGGCAGAUACAGAGAUACAUGAAUACUCCCGGUCCUCCAGGCGUGAAGGGUGAUCGUGGUGCGGUAGGACAAAAGGGAGAUAUGGGCAUUAAAGGCGAAAAGGGAGAACGUGGAGAUCUUGGGUAUGAAAACUUUAGGAGAGAGCCCGGAAACACUGCCUAUUACUCGCCAGGUGUUCCUGGCCCCAUAGGCCCUUUAGCACCAGCUCAACACAAGCCAACAGGAACCAUUUACACCUAUUUUAAAUCUGGCAUGGAACAAAAUGACAAACCCAACAAUUUGCCAUUGCUAUGGUCGACCUCCAAUUCAAGCAUGGGGGAUUCUCAAUCUUUUACGGACAUGAAAAAUAAAUUGUUCGCAAACUUUGGAAGCUUACAACCAGUAAAGGACCUGAGCAAUCAGCACUUUAGCACUUUCCAAUCAGGGUCAUCUUGGUCGUCGUCAAAUUCAUCUACAUCAUAUUCAUCUUCAUCGACGGCUUCUAAUGGACAGAUGAACCCUAUAAAAAUACAACCUUAUAUGGGUACCCAAGCCCUUACGAAUGAUCUUGACACAACUGAUAUUCCCGAGAUAGAUGGAACCAAUUUCUUCUCCAAUAAAACCUCCCAAAGUCAUAGUUCUACCAUGUCGUCGUCAUCAUCGUCGUCGUCAGCAUCGUCGUCGUCAUCAUCGUUGGUUUCCCAUUAAAUAACAAAAACUGAUAAGUGCUCAAUACUGU